AAACAAACUGCUCGUUUUCAUGGGCUCUCCUCCUUACUGCUAAAAUAGAGGAGAAACACAGUUUCAGCACAUUGAGAGCAGCGUGAUUUGAGCAUAUGGACUCUUCAAGAAACAGAAUGCGGUUUGGAGGGUUCAAAAUGUCUCAGAAGAUCAAAGCCGGUUCUGUGGUUGAGAUGCAAGGAGAUGAGAUGACCAGAGUAAUAUGGGAGCUCAUAAAAGAGAAACUCAUUUUCCCUUAUCUGGAGCUCGAUUUGCACAGUUAUGACCUGGGGAUGGAGAACCGCGACGCCACCGAUGAUAAGGUAACGGUUGAGGCGGCAGAAGCUGUGAGGCGCUACAAUGUGGGCAUCAAGUGUGCCACCAUCACUCCUGAUGAGAAGCGUGUGGAGGAGUUCAAACUCAAGCAGAUGUGGCGCUCUCCCAACGGAACAAUCCGAAACAUUCUGGGUGGCACUGUGUUCCGAGAGGCCAUUAUCUGCAAAAACAUUCCCCGCCUGGUUCCAGGCUGGAUCAAGCCUAUAAUUAUCGGCAGACAUGCACAUGGGGACCAGUACAAGGCAACAGAUUUUGUUGUGCCUGGCCCUGGAACAGUGGAAAUGACAUACAAACCCAAAAACGGAGGAGAGACACUGAAAUUUGUUGUCCAUGACUUUGAAGGUACCGGUGGAGUAGCUCUGGGAAUGUACAACACAGACAAGUCAAUCCGGGACUUUGCUCACAGCUCUUUCCAGAUGGGCCUGAAUAAAGGCUGGCCAAUGUACCUCAGCACCAAAAACACUAUCCUGAAGAAAUAUGAUGGGCGUUUCAAAGAUAUUUUCCAGGAGAUCUAUGACAAAGAGUACAAGGCCAAGUAUGAGGCCAUGGGCAUCUGGUAUGAGCAUCGGCUGAUUGAUGACAUGGUGGCUCAGGCCAUGAAGUCUGAAGGUGGGUUUAUCUGGGCCUGCAAGAACUACGAUGGAGACGUGCAGUCAGAUUCUGUAGCUCAAGGUUAUGGAUCAUUGGGCAUGAUGACCAGUGUGCUUGUAUGUCCCGAUGGGCGUACAGUAGAAGCUGAGGCGGCCCACGGCACUGUGACAAGACACUAUCGUAUGCACCAGCAGGGCAAAGAGACGUCCACCAACCCCAUCGCCUCUAUCUUUGCGUGGACUCGAGGGCUGCUACACCGGGCGGAGCUGGAUAAGAACGCAGAGCUGCGGGUGUUUGCUGAGGCACUGGAGGUUGUUUGUGUCGAGACCAUUGAAGCUGGUUUUAUGACCAAAGACCUGGCCAUCUGCAUCAAGGGCAUGUCUGGUGUCACGCGUUCAGAUUACCUCAACACUUUUGAGUUCUUGGACAAACUGGCAGAGAAUCUGAAGAUAAAACUAUCAAGCCAACCCAAACUUUAAAGCUGUAGGGUUUUUGUGGGACACUCACACAAACACACUGACACAGAACCCUGAAUUC